AGGGGACGGUUUUUAGCAGGAGGUGGUGGAGGGAUUCAAUGCCACUCGGGGAUGUGGGAAGCUGGAGGUCCAACGGGUGCUCCUCCAAGCCGAGCCUUGGAGGGCAAGGCCGGCAUCAUUACCUCCAACGAGUGGAGCUCUCCAGACUCCCCCGAGGGGAGCAGCAUCUCUGGGGGCAGCCAGGCACUGGACAAGCCCAUCGACAAUGAUGCAGAGGGUGUGUGGAGCCCGGAUAUUGAGCAAAGCUUCCAGGAGGCACUGGCUAUUUACCCACCAUGCGGCCGCCGCAAAAUCAUCCUGUCAGACGAAGGCAAGAUGUAUGGUCGGAAUGAGCUGAUCGCACGCUACAUCAAGCUCAGAACAGGGAAGACACGUACAAGGAAGCAGGUCUCCAGCCACAUCCAGGUGCUUGCCCGUCGAAAAGCCCGGGAGAUCCAGGCCAAGCUCAAGGACCAGGCAGCUAAGAACAAGGCCCUGCAGAGCAUGGCUGCCAUGUCGUCCGCCCAGAUCGUCUCGGCCACAACCUUCCACAGUAAAAUGGCUCUUGCCCGGGGCCCUGGCUACCCAGCAAUCUCAGGGUUUUGGCAAGGAGCUUUGCCAGGCCAACCUGGACCCUCCCAUGAUGUGAAACCUUUCUCUCAAAACACCUACGCUGUCCAGCCUCCGCUGCCUCUGCCAGGCUUUGAGUCUCCUGUAGGACCCACCCCUUCACCCUCUGCACCGCCAGCUCCUCCAUGGCAAGGCCGCAGCAUAGCCAGCUCCAAGCUCUGGAUGUUGGAGUUCUCCGCUUUCCUGGAGCGCCAGCAAGAUCCUGACACAUAUAGCAAACACCUGUUCGUGCACAUCAGCCAGUCGAGCCCGAGCUACAGUGACCCCUACCUCGAAACCGUGGACAUCCGCCAGAUCUAUGACAAGUUCCCAGAGAAGAAGGGGGGCCUCAAGGAGCUAUUUGAACGGGGGCCCUCUAAUGCCUUCUUCCUUGUGAAGUUCUGGGCAGACCUCAAUACCAACAUGGAUGAUGAGGGCAGUGCCUUCUACGAAGUCUCCAGCCAGUAUGAGAGCACCGAGAACAUGAUUAUUACCUGCUCUAGUAGGUUCUGUUCCUUUGUCAAGCAAGUGGUGGAGAAAGUUGAGACAGAGUUUGCUCGCUAUGAGAAUGGUUACUAUUUGUACCGCAUCCACCGGUCCCCACUCUGUGAGUACAUGAUCAACUUUAUCCACAAGCUGAAGCACUUACCUGAGAAGUACAUGAUGAACAGUGUGCUGGAGAACUUCACUAUACUGCAGGUGGUCACCAACCGAGACACACAGGAGACCUUGCUGUGUAUUGCAUAUGUCUUCGAAUUUUCAGCCAGCAAACAAGGGGCUCAGCACCACAUCUACCGCCUGGGGAAAGAAUGA